AUGGAGGCGGAGAACAGGCGCUCAGGCGAGCGCCUUCUGGACAUUCCUUGCAAAGUGUGCGGCGAUAGAAGUUCUGGGAAACAUUAUGGAAUAUACACAUGUGAUGGUUGUUCCGGGUUCUUCAAGCGCAGUAUUCACAGGAAUCGUAUGUACACUUGUAAGGCGCAGGGAGAGACGAAUGGCAAGUGCCCAAUAGACAAGACGCACAGGAACCAGUGCAGGGCAUGUCGGCUUAGGAAGUGCUUCGAAGCAGAUAUGAAUAAAGAUGCUGUACAACAUGAGCGAGGACCACGAAAACCAAAGGAGAAGACCGCUAGUUACCCAGUCUACGUGGAUGUCGCAAAUUUGACUCCCCCCAGCAGCAGCUCCUUACAAAUGCACGACAUUCCCAUGGACUUGAGGGUUGUUGCCAAGCCCCCAGCGAAGACACUGUCGCUUACAAACAGCGAAGUGCCAACUUUCCUACAAGGUCUUAUGACGGCUGAACAGACCCAAGAAUGCCCAAUGAUGACUCCGGCCCUGCACAACCAGGCUUUGCGGCUGGAUCUCAUCCGCGGAUUGAACGGGGAGUACCCAUCGGCCUUCAGGGUUCCCUCACAGUUAUAUGCCCGGGAAUCACUCCAAGAAAUUACCGCGCGCCUCCUGUUCUCUAUCGUCAACUGGAUUAGGCAGCUACCUGCAUUUGGGACGCUUUCGAAGAAAGAUCAGCUAGUCCUCUUGGGAGACACUUGGAAGGAUCUGUUCAUCUUAAAUCUGGCACAAUGGAAUAUUCCAUUAGAGGUCCAUUGCAUCCUAGAAUGUGCCAAACUCACGCCAGAAGAGGUAUCGGGAGACAAAAUGGCAGUCAUUCUGUCUGAAAUACGCUAUAUUCGGGACAUUGUAGAGCGUCUAAAGCAGCAGGAAUUGGAUACAACGGAGUACGCUUGUCUGAAAGCCAUAUUGCUAUUCAGAACUGAAACGGUCGACAUCAGCAAUGUGCAUCAAAUUGAAAGAUUACAGGACCAGGCACAAGUUCUUCUUGGGGAAUACUGCCGGCAAAGACACCCACUCAUGCCGACAAGAUUUGGCAAACUGUUGCUUAUUCUGCCCUGCCUGCGAGUAGUGAGUGGUAGGCUUGUGGAAAAACUCUUCUUCCAGGAAACAAUCGGCAGCAUACCAAUAGAAAGACUUGUUGCUGACAUAUACUGCGGUGAAAAGAGUGCCAGUUAA